UUUUAAGUGGGACAGCAUGUACAUACUCAUUGCAUGUUGAUAAUCAAUAGCAACAAAAAUUACAGAACAAAUGCUAGAUGGUAAUUAAAUUAAAAUUUAAAAAUGAGUGAAGGAACUGCAAGUGAUUCAGUUAGUGAUGCAAAUUCAGAAACGCAAAGCCUAUCAAAAAAUGACUCAAAACAAAAAGUUGAUAUUCUACUGAAACCGACUGGAAAUGCACCAAUUAUGAAAAAGAAAAAGUGGACGGUUGAUGCUGAUAAACAACUAGGAUGGAUUAUUGAAUUUGUAAAGAAGUAUUUGAAGUUAGACUCUGAGGAACAAUUGUUUCUCUACAUAAAUCAGACGUUUGCUCCUUCUCCAGAUCAAACAGUACGAAAUUUGUAUGACUGCUAUAGUACAGAAGGAAAAUUAGUUUUACAUUAUUGUAAGACUCAAGCAUGGGGAUAACUUGUUGUUGUAAUAAUUUUAAUAGGAUAUAAUACUUUUUUAACUAUCUAAAUAUAAAAGUAAUGUUUAAAGUAAACUGUUUUUGUGAUAAAUUUGUAAAAUUUUAAAAGGAUAAUUAAGUAGCAUUUAAAUGUUUAUUUUAAAUUAUUGAUUUAAAUGA